UUGUGUAAAGAGAUUUUUGAAACUAAGAAAAAUGGCACGGAAUUUGGUGUUCUUUAUGAUCGUUUUAGUAUUUAUUCCGAAAGUUGUAAGUGACUGUACUCAAAGCGGGACAUGUUGUAAUCAGAAUGAAUGCGAAUACCAUGUAUUUCAGAAACUGGUUAAACUUGAAGAGAAAGUUGCAUCACUUGCACAGGACAUUGAAGAUUCCCGUACAUCAAAAGAGCAACGUUCCUCUGAAGGAGUAACCUAUAUACGAUGGGGCCGAACAGCAUGUCCAAGUCACGCAAGUCUUGUAUAUGAUGGUUACAUGGGUGGAUCACAUUACAGUCACAGUGGAGCGGCUACAAAUGCCUUAUGUUUAACCAAAGAACCAAAAUGGGGACGAUACACAUCUAAAGUAGAAUCAAGUGCAUAUGUCUAUGGCGCCGAGUACGAAACAUGGCUCUACAGUGCUUGGAAUUAUCUGCAUGACCAAGAUGUUCCAUGUGUCGUUUGCUAUGUACCUCGAAAUGACAUACUGAUGGUUCCUGGAAGCAACAUAUGCCCAAAUGAAUACAAGCGAGAAUAUAGUGGUUAUUUAAUUGCUGGACGUGCAAUUCACUCAGCUGCUAGCGAAUACCUUUGCAUGGAUGUAAGUCCUGAAGCAAAGCCCGGAGGUGUAGAAAACCGCAGUGGAUACACUUUACAUUUUGUACAAGCAAAAUGUGGUUCCCUUAACUGCCCACCAUACGUGAACGGACGAGAACUCACAUGCGCUGUAUGCUCACGUUAAAUGGCUGAUUUGUCCUUAAACUAUCACUGUAUAGACAUUGCACUCUAUGGAUACAAUUUUGUCAGGCUCACUUAAUAUUUACUGAAAAAACCCUGAUUUCAUAUAGCGUAUGAAUCAUAUAAGCUAUUAAACUGCCUGUCAUGCCACUCUUAUAAUUAGAACUAACAAGCGUUGUUUGCUCAUAAAUGCCGUCCUAAGUGGAAUCAAAAAAUAAACCUCUCUAGAAUACCUUUCAUCUGAACUGUUUACUACUGCAUGAUGGCAUGUAUCUCUAUUUCUGUUAUUAUUGAAAUUUACUGUUUUGAUAACCAUAACUUCCUAAAUUCAAUUUAAUCAUUUUAACUUUUAUAUCAGUUAUCUGAUCAUGCUAACAUGUAGCCAAAUGCUUGCAAAUCAAUACAAAGAUAAGUUAAAUAAAGAAAGAUUAAAAUAUGUUUCUGUGGAACGAAAAUGUGAUGACAACAUACAUAUUUUAUAUAUAAACACCAACUAAACAGAUAAAUCUACAGUUAAAAUAAGUAACUAUUUUAUUGUGUUUACAAAGCUGUCACAUUUCUAUAACUUAUGCCAUUCUUUACUGUACGAAAUGGAAGUGACCUAUCUAUGUGCAGCGUUUUUCUUAAGCAUUUGAUUGUAAACCUGAUUUAGAGAUAGUUCCUAAAAUGCUAAAUUAAAUAUAAGGAUGUGAGUGGAUAUAUAUCAUUUAACAGGUAUCUUGCUUUCAUCUUAUUGUAAUCAUGUUGUUUAAACUUCUCUGAAACUUUUAUUUAAUUUCCAUGUUGUUCCCUGUACAAAUAAAAAUACCUAUGAAAACUUACAACAAACCUGUAAUUUUUACUGAGAAGAUUGAUGUUUGAUUGAAAUGACUAUUACUAAGGAUUUAACUACGCAGAUAGCUUAUUGCAUAACUGGUAAAAUUCAGGUACAUUAAUAAACACCAGGUAGAAUUUGUGUUGUGCCAAUGAUUGAUCUCUUGCGCCAUGACUACAUGAAUCAUCAAUGUCAAAUUAACACUCUUUUAAUUAUCUUGUUUCAUCUAGCAUGUAUAACUUAGAAUGCAAUGCUUUAUGAUUACAAAUUAUGGAUAUUGACACGUCUUUUUAAAAGUAUGCAAGAGAAGUUCAGGGACAUGUUCAUAAAUGUCAUGUGUUCCGCUUUCACAAAAAGAUAGACAGGUUAUAUGUGUC